UUUUUUUUUGCCUUUGUUCAUUUAAAACUGUAUUUUGUUUUAUUUUACUUUAUUUUAUUUUUAAAUCAUCCAUGACAGAAAAGCAAAAAUGGUGUUUAUUAACAGUAAAGCAGUAUUGAUUAGACAUUGUGUACAAAUCUUGGACACAAUCUAUUCAAGGAGCGAUUGCGUAGAUUAUAUAACCGCAAUCUAUACUAUUGAAAAGAAUUUGUUUAAUGAUGCAUAUACAUGUUUUGAAUCUUUUAAAAACGAUCUAUUAAAAAUUUCUGAACUUUCUUGUAUAAAUUGGGCUGAUAUAUCAAUAAAUAUAAAAAAGAAAGUGAUUGAAGAAUAUUGCAAUUUGCCAAUGUAUUUAUCUAUUCAGGUCAGAAAAAACAGCUCAUUGUACUUUGUAAACAUUAAAAAGUUUAAAGAAUUGCAUCUACCACUAGUGGAGAGAAUAAAUGGAAUGGAGAACACCAUACCUAUUCAUCGACUUUAUAUUGCAAAAAAUAAAGAAUUCCUAAUAAAUUACUUCAUAGUGACCCAGAAUUUUGUAAUGUAGCAGCUCAUGCUGUUGUCGUACAUCCCUUGGGUGAGUUUUAUGAUUCAAAACAUGCUGGACUAGAAGGAUUUAUAAAAGUGAAAGUUAUUACGGUUACCAAAAUAAAUUCUAUGCUAAGUACAAAAUUAACAAAGGAGUUAUUUCAUGAUGGACGUUCAGAAGUAGUACGGAAGAUCGAGACAAAACCAAUAGCUUUAAACUUGGAAGAGGCUAGAGAAAAUGAAAUGAAGCGACAGUUUAUAUAUACAAUUGCCUCCUCUCGUGAUGAUAUCAUAAAGAGUUACAAUGAUACAACAGACAAUAUUGCGUACCUGAAAAAUAAAAAACUCCCAUUCUUUAAAG